CUCUUUCGUUGCAACAUUUCGUCCCCCGAUUUGUUUGUUUUCAUUCAAGCUCACAAAAAUUUUCAGAUUUGCGAUAUCAUCCACAAACACUCGAUCCGCAGAAAGACAGAGUAUCGAACCAUGACGAGGACUACUAGAGCUAAAAAGAAAGAUACUGGUAUCAAGUCCGAGGACAAGCAGCCUGUUUCUGUCAAGAAGGAAACCAAGCACAAGAUUGUCAAAGAUGAGGAGAUUGUCAAAGAGAAUGACGACGCUGCGAUCUCUGUGCCGUUUGAAGUGGGAAAGUUCCACAAGAUGGCUCUCCUCAAGCUGCUGUUCUGUCACCACAGCGGCCAAGAACUGACCUACAAGGAGCUCUCGGAUGCGAUGGGGGUUGGCGAAAAGACCAAGGCUUGGCAAUGCGAAGCAUGGAGGGACUUGAAGAAAAACGAGUACAUUGUCCCUUCUGGAACGGACAAGAAGCUCAAGCUCUCCGAAAAGGGCGUGGAACUGGCGACAAGCUUUGCCAGUGACGAGGAACUGGCCGACUACAAGAUGCCGGAAACCAACGAGGAGCAUCACGAGAAGAUCAAGUCCAAGCUGAUGCGGCAGGACAAGGCCAAGAAGAUGGGCCCCAAGAUUUUUGAUCUCCUCGUUGAAAACAAGGACAAUCCCAUGACAAACCAUGAGAUGGCGGCCAAGUUCAACACGCUGGCCGAUUCGCAUUCCUUCUUUUAUGGCUUUCAAGCUUUGAAGAAGAUGGGAUUGGUGGAGACCACCGGAGAGUCCAAGAAACCCGAUGAAGAGCCCAUGAAAAUCGAUGAAGAGGAGCCCAAGGAGGAAGAGGAUGCCAUCAACGACGAAACAACUGACGGAGAUGACAAACCCAAGAAGAAGAAGAAGAAGAAGAAGAGCAAGAAGAGCAUGUCUGGUGGUAAGCUUUGGAAGCUCUCUGAGAAGGCCUUUCUAGUGACGGCGAAGGAGAACGCCCCAGUCAAGUUGGACGAAGAAUGAGUGGCAGGCACAUUAUGGUGGAACUAUUAUAUAAGAAUGGAACGUGGCGAAGCAGGCAGUGCGUAUUCUUCCCAGCAGGGCAGAGCUUGGAUAAAGUGGCAGUAACAUCAUCUAUUAUUAAGAGCCCACAUUUGCAAUUC